AAUAUUAGCAUUGGCAUUGUUCCACAACAUUCAAAAUAUACCUAUAAGAUAUCUUUUUUUAUACACUGCCCAAAUGAACACUUUCAAAGCAUCUUGUGUAAGAUGUCUUCAUACACUUUUCCUUUGAACAAGCUAAUGAACACACUGAUGUUGCUCUGUUAACAACAGACUGAUGUUAACUUAUCGUUAAUCCAAUUUUUGCUAUUUUCUUGCAGAGCAAAACUCUAAAGAAAUUGAUAAACAAACUGACUUCUUGAAACAAUUUGGUGCAGACCCUAGAGACAUUGGGGAUCCUACGUCACGUGCAACAGCCCUCUAUAAUGUUAAAGACCACCUUCCAGUUCCCAGCAGCUCUUCAGCUACCAUGGGAACCACAACAGAAGUGGCAGAUGAAAGGAAAAAGAGCCUUUUUGAAAAAGCACCAGUUGUUCCAUUUGAUAUGGAUCUUUAUUUCUGGGAUGAUCCUGCUGCCAAUACUCAUAGGAUGGUUAAGAUGUAUCUUGACAACAACUGGGCAUCUAAGGAGCACGAGGGUGAAUACAUCAUAGGUAGUGAGAGGGAAGCCAGGCCCACCAGAAUGAUAACCUUUUCUGGUAGCUUUCAACCUGUCAAAUGGUCUUGUCGUGCCCCUUUGCCAAGUGGCAAACUUUGCCCCAGGCGUGAUAGAGUAAAAUGUCCUUUUCAUGGAAAGAUUAUCCCUCGAGAUGAAACAGGUGCACCAGUAAAUAACUUUGAUAUUACCUCAUCCUCAGAAAGAAGAAGUGCAUGCACAGAUACAAAACUAAACACUGAUUCAACAGCAACAGCAAGCUGGAAAGAGAUUGGUGAAGAGAUUGAAGCUGCCACAGGCUUAGAUUUAGGAAGUCAAAAUAAACAGAAGAGAAAAAGCCAGCCAAAUGGAAAAAAUGAAUCUAAACGCUGUGGACUGACAGAUGUGAAAAAGGCAAAUAAUACAGCAAAAACUCGGCUAGAAAAGAUUGUAUUAAAUAAGAAAGCGAUGAAGCGUGUGGCAAACGAAAUGGAUGCUAUUGCUACAAAACGUUGUUUCGACAAGUUUGCAAACCAGUUUAAUUAUUCCUUGCAUUAA